CACCAACCCAAGAAUCCAACAUGGCCGCAGUUCCAAAAGAGAAGGACAAUGAAGUCCACGUUACUUUCGAAGACCAGCAACAAAUAAACAAAUUUGCAAGACAUAAUGCUAAACUUCAAGAUCUGCAAGAUGAGCUGGACACCAAAAAGAAAGACCUGCAGAAUCUAGAGGAUGCUGCAGAUGAACUUGUUAUUCUGGAUGAAGAAGAGACUGUACCAUAUAUGGUGGGCGAGAUAUUUGUGAGCGCUAAACCGGAGGAGGCCGGCCAGUUGCUGGAAGCUGCGAAGGAACGAGUUCAGAAAGAAAUCAAGACGUUAGACACGGAAUGUGGCGAACAUAAGGGAAUACUCUCGGACUUGAAAGUGAAAUUAUAUGCCAAGUUUGGUAAUAAUAUCAAUUUGGAAAAUGAGGAAGAAUCAUAGACAAACUGGAUAGACUGUAAUCUUUAAAAAAAAUUGAUUUGACACGAAGACAUGUGUGAGAGACUUUUAGUUUUUUCUGACAGGAAAUCAUUGAGGGAGUUUAAUAAUCAUUUUCCUAUAUUGCUUCCAUUCAUUUCUGCAAAUGGAUCCAUUUUUCAAUGCUAAAGUCAUCAAGUUGGACAAUGUCACUAAAAUUAGCAUUAGUUAUGGAAAUCGCAAAAACAUAAGGCUCUGGCGUCAGAAAUCAGUGCUUCAAGGUUCUUGUAUAAGUGGUUUAGUUCGACAUCCUUCUAACAUGCUGAGCAGCUUAAAAUGUCAUUUCAAUGCUAUUUAAGGAGUAGACUGUAUCGUCUCCUGUGAGUAUGUUUUGUUCUGUUCCUGCAUAAAUAUGAUCAAAAUAAAUUAGGAUUUUGUUU